AUGCAUUCUCAUCUUCAUACCCCCUACAAUAUCAACUGCGAGGAAAUCAUGACUGCCCUCGAUGAAUGCCACGCCCGUGGAUUCCUUUACAAGGCCCUUGGAAACUGCAAUGAUAUUAAGCGCGAUGUGAACAAAUGCCUCGCUGCAGAGCGUUUCGACCGGGCCAAGCGGAACCGAGACGAAGCGCGCUCUAACCGUCGGCGGAUCGAGGAUAUCUGGGCCAAGGAACGCGCAAAGGAUGCCAGUGCGGUUUCUAUGACUGUGGAUACUGGCGCUGAGAACAAUGGCGCUUCCAAGCAAUGA